AUGGAAAAACGGUCACUUCAACAGAUUCAUUUUGAAGAUAUGAGCAAGACCGACCAGGCGCUAAUAUUAAAUAUUCAAGAACAGCUGAAGAGAGUGAUGGUACAGUUGUCUGACCUUGAGAAAGAAAAGGAUGCAUUUGAUAAAGAUGAAUAUGCGGAGAUGAAAGCCGACUCAAUGGAUCAGUUGAAGGUUGCCUGUAUUUUAGUGGUAGAUAACUGCUUUAUUCUUUCGAUUGCCUACUUGAUGUAUAAAAAUUUCUUCAAGGAACUGGAACAAACCCUUGAUAGGAUGCAGUGUGGAGAUAUCAGUUUAACGGAUAAAGUUACCGCUACUAAACUGGCCAUUCGGGCAGCAAUUAGUGAAGCAUUUAGGACUCCAGAAGUUGUUGCUUUUUUCGCUAAUAAGCAACCGGCAAUGUUGCGGCAGGAACUUGUGCAGGUUGAAGCCGGAUAUCGCCUCCAUAAAUUGACGGAAGAAUUGUACAUUUCAAAGAAGAUGGAAAUUUUACUUGCUGUUUUCAAGUUGGGUGAUAAGCUUAGUGAUGAUGAAAAGCAGUUUUUGGAAAAGUUCAGUUCUAAGUCUUUUUCUGAUUUUGAACUCGCAUCCCCCGAACUGUCUUGCAACGAGUUCGUUGUGAAUCGGAACAUAUCAAAAAGUCAUUAG